AGCGCCACCAUAAUUCUGUCACCUCUGUUUGCUCUCAUUUGCAUUCUCUUUUUCUUUCUCUCGAAGAAUCAAAUCACUUGAAAGGCUUCGAUUUCUUGAGGUGAAUCCAUGGAGUGGGUUCCGGGAGAAAUGAUUGGACAUGGGAGUUUCGGCACUGUGAAUUUGGUGUUACCAAAAACAGGGCUUUCCAAAUCUCCAUUAAUGGUCGUCAAGCGUUGCCAAACUCAUAACUCGGCUUCACUCAGGCACGAGAAACAAGUGCUGGAUCAACUCGGUUCUUCCCCGGAAAUCAUCCGAUGUCUCGGCGACGAGAAUUCUGGGAAGUUUUACAAUUUGUUCUUGGAGUAUGCUGAUAAAGGGAGCUUGGCCGAUUACGUUAGACGAAACUGCGGGCGGUUGACGGAAUCCGAUGUUAAAAGAUUCGCUAAAUCGAUACUAAGAGGGCUAAACUUUGUUCAUUCCAAAGGGUUUGUUCAUUGCGAUGUUAAGCUUCAAAAUGCUCUUUUGUUCGGUAACGGUGACGUCAAGUUGGCUGAUUUUGGAUUGGCGAAGAGGAACGGUGAGAAACAGGGGAAGUUCGAAAUCAGGGGGACGCCUCUGAACAUGGCGCCGGAGUCCAUCAGUGGAAACGUUUAUGAUUUUCCGGUGGAUAUUUGGGCCCUCGGGUGCGUCGUUGUCGAGAUGUUUACCGGAAAAACAGCUUGGAAUUUGAAACCGGGGUCGAACAUGGCGGAUUUGUUGAUUAAAAUCGGAGUCGGCGAUGAAUUGCCUGGGAUUCCCGGGGAAUUAUCCGAGGAAGGAAAAGAUUUUCUGAGAAAGUGUUUUUCUAGAGAUCCAAGCAAGAGAUGGACGACUGAGAUGCUCCUGAACCAUCCUUUCAUGGCUGCCGGCGAUGACGAUGAAACAACUUCACAAUGUUGCUUCGAAGAAUUCUCGGAAUCCCCGAGAUGUCCUUUCGAUUUUUCAGAUUGGGUUUCAACUGAUGAAUCGGAAAAUUCAAGCAGUAUUUCAUUAGCUUUGGAUCGGAUUGGAGAAUUGGCUUGCGAUGAGGCGCCUAACUGGAGUGUUUGCGGCAGCUGGAUCAGCUUGAGGUAGAAGAAGAUGCCUUGAUCAAAAUUUGUAAAAUUAAUUAGAAAACAUUUAGGUGGACCGACAUUUC